AUGAGGUGGGCCCUCUUGAGCUUGGUGUUCCACCUGGCCAUCUCGGUCGACAAUGCCUUCGAGGCUGUUCCAAAUAACCUUUUAAUAGCCGCACCUCAAGAGGUAGCACCACAACCUGCACCAGAUGAUCCCAUCGAUCCAGAAAACAUUUGGGGCGAUUUUGCAAAGCCGAAGAAAAACAACAAAAAGGACAAGGUUAAAAAGGCAAAAGCUGCGGUGCAAUAUGAUAUCCCUACCGAUCCCCUCGUUGAAAUCGGCAAUCCGGAUCCUCAAAUUUUCUUCAAUCUGGUCGCCGAUACAUCCAUUGACGCAUCGACUCAACAGCCAACGAGUACUUCAUUCUGGGAUAAGCUGAAGAAUGCGGCAAAUCAAGUCGGGAAUAGCAUUUCAAACACAUUUGAUGGUGCUAAAGAUUGGGCUGCCACUGCUGCUUCAAAUGCUAAAAACUGGACAGCUACUGCCACCCAGAAUGCUUGGAAUGCCACGAAAAACGGCUGGUCAAAGACGAAAAACGCCACCGUCAACCUUUGGGAUACAGCCAAGAACAAAACAAAGGUUGGACUAGAUAAAAUGAAGAAUAUCACCAAGGAAGAGUGGGGAAAGCUGAAAAAUACAACGAAAAAUGGCUGGGAGAAGAUGCAAAAUAUGACCCUCUCAGAGGAAUGGGCAAAAUUGAAGAACACAACUAGCAAUGGAUGGAAUAACCUAAGAAAUAGCACAAGGAACGGAUGGGGCAAGAUGAAAAACAUGACAAAAGAAGAAUGGGCUGAAUUCAAGAAUACAACCAAAAAUGGGUGGGGAAAGAUGAAGAAUAUGACACAAGAAGAAUGGGCUAAACUGAAAAACACAACCAGCAAUGGCUGGGCAAAGCUCAAGAAUGGGACGAAGAAUGGAUGGGAUAAAAUGAAAAACAUGACUCAAAAUGGGAUGGACAAGACGAAGAAUUUUACAAAUAUUGCCAUGAACUGGACGAAGACGGAGUUAGGGGAGUGGAAGAAUGAUACCAAGGAAGGAUGGGCAAAUCUGAAGAAUUUGACAAAAGAAGGGUGGGACAAAUUGGCAAAUUCGACAAAGAACGGGAUAGCCCAACUGACAAAUGCGACACAGGCUGGAUGGGCUAAUGCAAAGAAUUUGACAAUGAUCAGCUGGGAUAUGGUGCAAGGAAAGAUUGAAGCGAUGAAGCAGGAGAGUAGAAAGGAUCACGAGUUGUGGAUCAAUUUGGUGAAUGAUAGCAUUGUUGAAACGGAUGAAAAAAACGAUGAAUCUAGCGCGCCGGAAAUAUUGGUAGAUCCAACACCCCAACAGCAACAACAACAAUUACCAAUGAUGAAAAUUGAUAAUUUCUGGGAGCACGGCCCGGCGGAAAAUGUUCAAAGACAGGUCGUACAGGCUUCAGUUCAAAAAGAAACAACGGUGGGCUUAGGGCAAGCCGAACCAUUCGGCGAAUUUGUUUCUAAUCAAUUCCAACAGACCCUCGCCCAUAUGAAUCAGCAAAACCAAACGGCACGCAAACGACGAGCCGACGAAAUCUUUGCCCAAUUGGCCUCCGAAGCACAAACUAACAUCGAGAAGCUGACCCAGGGCAAUGAUAACCAAAUUUUUGGCAAUCUCGGAGUGAAAGUCAAUGAAAAUGGGGCAAAUGUGAUGGAAAAUGGCAUGGAAGAUCUUGAUCCAGCCCUCAUCCAGAAUAUGUUCGAUGCGGCAAAAUCAUUGAGCUCUGCCUUGCUCAACUUCACCCAGACCAAUCUCACUGAAAUGCUGAGAUCGAACGAUUCAAAGAAUUUCUCAAAAGCUGAGAUCCAGGAAAUGCUUACCGCCACCCAACAGUCAUUUCAGCAAAUUAAUCAAUUAGUUGAGAAGACGAUUAGUAUGAAUAACGAAAAUGCCGGGCAAGUGAUGAAGGAUAUUCCAAAUGAGAGCGUUGGGCUUGGAAAUGUGACGACGAGUAUGGAAAGUGCUAUUAGUGAUGCUCAAGCAGCGCUGAAUGUCGACAACCCAAGCAAGCUCCAGGAAGCCAUCGACCGCGCAAACGAUGCGAUCCAGAAACAACUUGACGCUCUCAAUUCCGUUACAAUUGCGACCCAGAUGACCAUGGCACCAUCCGUUGCCGGCUCGGUCGUUACCGAAAAAACCUCGACGCUCUCACCGGCUAGUCUGAGCCCGGAUUCAGUCGUUCUCAUCUCCUCAACGGAGGUUAUUGUGAUUGGCCCAGCCUUCACAACGACUGAGCCCGCCUCUGUUGCGGCUUCUGCAGCCACUACCGCUCCUUCAUCUGCUGCAGUUUCCGUCGCUGGUUCUUCUUCUUCCAUGGCCUCAGGAGUUCCCUCGUUGGCGACGACUGGAACGUCGACUGCAGUCAAUAUGUCCAGCGUCGUCUCGAUGGCUUCCUCAGCAGGAGUCUCGGGUUCCACAGUCUCUGCAGUUGUGGAUAACGCUACAUCAUCCACUACCACCGCAGUGUCUAUGACUUCUGCCGCUUCACAGGGGGCAAGCGUCGCGACCACCAUAGGCGCUGCUCUCGCUGAUAAUUCCACGACCACCGUACCGGCUGCGGUUAAUAUUACCGUGCUCACCGAGGCCGCAUCCACGCUGCCAGCCCUGACCCGCGACCCUGGAGAGCUGGUGCCAAUUCCAGACUUUGCAAAAUACAAUGGUUGUGUAAUUCACCAGGUCGAUCCACACUCGAAAGUCAGCAACUCGGCAUACCAGGAAGUGGGCAAAACGCAAGAUUGUGAAGCGCUUUGCAAAGCGGAAACAAUGUUCCAAUGCCAGGCUUAUACAUGGGCUGGCAAGCUCUAUGAUAUUCUGCUU